AUGGAGGACUACGCCACAGAAGCAGAUGCGCCAAGGACAGACAAAAGGUACCUUUCGUACCUCCCAAUCGUUUUAGAAAAUAUGAUGAAGGUGAAUAAGGGGCCGGGGAAAAUCACGAGCUUCCAUGCGUCCAAAGUGCCAGACAUAUCGAUCAAGAAUUACGUCGAACGGAUUGGAAAGUACACAGGGUGCAGUAAUGAAUGUUUUGUUCUCCUAAUAAUUUACCUCGACAGGAUAGUUAAGGUAAAUGAAGACAUCAGUUUGUCUCUCCUCUGCAUACACAGACUGCUCAUUACGGCCACAAUGAUUGCCGCGAAGUUUUUCGACGAUUUGUAUUACUCUAAUGCUUUUUAUGCCAAGGUCGGGGGGGUUUCCACGGAGGAAAUUAACAAGCUGGAGGGGACGUUUCUCCACCUGAUCGAUUACAAUUUGUUUGUCUCUUCGGAGGAGUACGAUCUGUAUAGGCACUCCAUAUCGUUGGCGGUCGAGCGGUACUUGCGCAGGACCCGCCGCGGGGGGAAGUGCGUGGGGAAGUGCGCCGGGAAGUGCGCCGCUAAACACGGCGCUAAACGCGCGGAGUGGGCAGCGCCCGUUGCAAAGCCCUACAACCUGUUCAACUACACCGCUCCACACAGGACCAACAUAAUAUUCCUGAAGCCGGGGGACGGCCCCCACCAUUUUCAGGCUCCGCGCGGGGGUAGCGGCCGGAGAUGA